GGGCAAUUAAACAACAAUUCCCAUAAGCACUUGCGCGUUGCGGGCUGUCUGGGACGCAGCCUGAGUUCACCUUCACUCCGCUAGUCUUGGAGCAGCUGUUUUUUUUUUUUUUUUCUCCCCCCCUUCUCCCACAGACUUCGCGCGACGGGACACCAUGAACGGAUCCGUGCACCGCGCGUCCACUGUGGUGGAUAUCCAGUUGAAAAGGGGUCCCGCCGGUCUGGGGUUCAACAUCGUUGGGGGUUUGGACCAACAGUAUGUGAUGAAUGACACUGGAAUCUAUGUGGCCAAAAUAAAAGAGAAUGGAGCAGCUGCAUUGGAUGGCAGGCUAAAAGAAGGUGACAAAAUACUAGCAAUUAAUGGACACAAGCUGGAGAACCUAUUGCACAGUGCAGCCGUGGAACUCUUCCGGACAGCUGGGGAAGAUGUGCAACUUCGCGUUCAACAGGCGCCCCCAGUGCCACCCGUCAACGGUCCCUCAAGCUCACGCCCUGAUAAUGAAUCUUCGUUUCCUGCUCUGGGGUACUUGGGCAUCUCUUUGGCAACUGUUGCGGUUAUUGCUGUGGUCUGUUAUCGUUUCAAGCUUUUUACCAGGAGGCACUUUUAAGUACAACCCCCCCCCCUUGUUUUUUUUAUUUUUUUUUAUUGUGAAAUUUUUUUUUCCUUCAAGAAUGCCAAGAUAACAAAGACAUCACAUUCAGGUCUUUUCAGUCAUAUCUGCUUAACCUGCAGUUAUUAAAAUGAACUUUAAAACUGGUCAGAAACCCUGUAUGCUUUUCAAACCUUUUCACACCGAUGGCGUCGCAGGCAGGACACAAAACAUCAGUGUCAGAUGGAAAUCUGUGGAGCUGGUUAUAGCAGUCUUUACUCUUCCCUCUUUAUUCUGGCUGUGCACAUUCACUGUUUUAUUUGCAUACCAUAUUUCAUUAUGAAGGUCUGUAUUUCUUAUAGACUUUUUUUUGGUGUCUGUUGAAUGGAGUCACAUUGAGUUAUUUUUAAGAUUCUGACCAGACAAACAUAAUAUGAAAUGAUCAGUGUGAAGAUGUAUUUUAUGCACACUGUGAGUUUCUCUAAAGUGAGACAAGCUGCUUUUCUUGUGCUUCUCAGAACAGAGACUAAAUGCAUUGUCCAGUAUGCACACCAGUUUACUGGUAUUGAAAUCUUUUCAUCUAUGUCCAUCAGCUGUGGACACAGCUGUGUCCAUCUUAUAAAUAUUCUAAAUGUUCACACUAAGAUGUAAUGCUUACAGCACAGAAGACAUCACAUUUAUUGAUGGUUGGGAAGACCUAAUCUUAACCUGAUGACCACAUAUAAAUGCUUCCUUGCAAAUGAGCUUUUAUGAAGCAGUUUUGUACUGUAACAUAAACUUGAUCCCUGUUUGAUCAGACUUUCUUUUGAAAGACCUUCAACAGAUGUCUCAGGUGUUUUCCUUCAAGUCUCCAGGUUUCACAUCUUAACUUCAGUCUAUAUCACUUGUUCUUAGUCUCAUGAAUUAAUGUUGUGUGUGUAUAUAUGUACCUAGAAAUGUCACUAUAGAUGUUGAGAUUGAAUCACUGCAGGCCUUUUACCUAAAAAAAGAAAAAAUAUAUCUGCUCCCACUAAAUUUAAAACAGUUGUUUAAGGGAACUUCAAAGCCUUAAUGAAGAGUAAUUCUUAGUCUGACAGAUGCAUUCCUAUCAUUUUGAAACCAUACAGUAAUUUGGUUCAGCCUUGGCUGGUGGUUGUCUGUAGUUUUACUAAAGGAAUUGAAUGCUUUUUACAUUUACCCAGAUAUUUCACUGUUAGGAAUUGCUUUUUCACAGGUGGGUUUUCUUCCCCAAGUUAAAAGAAAUGUGGCUAUAUUGUAUGAAGUGUACAUGCCUACACUUCCCUAAAGUAAGAAAACGGACCUUCUCAACAAAAAGUGCCCUGUGACACAAUUGUCAGGGUUAAAGUUAAAAAAAGCCUUAUGUUGAGUCAUCUCUUAGCAUUAAUUUUGAUCCCUGUAUUUUGGUAAAAUGCUAAAUUAAUCCUAAAUGUUUAGUCAGCCCUUGAUAGCAAUGAAAAAAGCUUGUGAAAAUGUGUUAUUUUGAUAUUGGCAAAUAACUAUGGGUUAUGAGUCUUUAAAAUGGACUUAGAACAGAAAUGUAAAAACCUCUUCCAUUAUCACAUGUUAAUUUCAGCACUAAGGAAAAAGGGAGUGAGUGGAGUUGCCAGAAUGAAGGUUAAAAAGUAUCUUGCACUCGUGUACCGGCUUGUCCGUGUCCCUUAAGUUCAAGAAAUCCUCCAAGUCAUGUGGCCAAAGUUGCUUGGAGUAUGGAGUCUAUUUUGUGUUGUAAAAUAUCUUUGUACCAUUUGUGUAUCUCAAAGGUCUGUGUAUAAUUAUGCCUUAAAGGGGAAUUUAUUUUUACAUGCUGGAAAACCAAUAAAAUGUAACCA